AUGGCCGCAGAGGAUAUUCUCCAAAAAUUUCUUCCUGUGGGAGCAGUCGAUUCUGCUCCGGUACGAACUCUCUUAACGGAGAUAUUGGCCGGUGCAGUGUUAAAGAAGAUAGCAGAGAAGUGCCCAAGCGCCGGCUUUGUU